GAGCCUGUUUUGGAGACGGACUGGGGACUAGCGGCGACCUCAGGUUGGAGGGAGAUUUGAGAGGCGCAGUGAGGGUAGUUAUCCUCAAACAAAACUCAUUUUCCACCAAUUUACAAAAAUGAGCGCCGUAUCUCCAGACAGCGAUAUACAAACGACGAGCAGAGGGUUUAGCUGCAAACUGUGUAACGUCAAUUUACCGAACUUGCCAAGUGUCGAUCAGCAUGUGAAGGGGCGAAAGCAUCAGACUCUGAGCUCAGUCCGCUCCACCAGGAAGAGCCACGAGGAGUGCAGUGUGUUCGUUAGUGGCAUCAAACCAGAAAUCUCUCAGACUGAUUUGACGGAGUACUUCCAGCAGUUCGGGGCCGUCUCUGAUGUCAUCGUAGAUAAAGACAAGGGGGUUUACGCCAUCGUCCAGUUCAAUGAGACGGAGAGCAUCCAGGCGGCUCUGUCCUGUGUCGAGCACCAGCUGAAAGGUUUGAAGCUGAAGGUUAAACCACGGGAGAAGAAAGAGUUUAAACUGAUUCCCAAGAAGAAAAAUGAUCCUCAGAACCUCCAACAGAUUUUCGAUCGUCUCAAGCCUGAGCUGUGCCAGCUGCCGUCGGUGGAUGCCCAGAUGAAGUUCAUGGUUGAACGAUUUCAGCUGGGAGAAAAUGAGAAGAAGGCCCGAGGCCUGGUGGUUCAACUCCUGCAGGAGGUCUUUGUGGAGUUCUUUCCAGACAGUCAGAUUUUGCUCUUUGGUUCGUCUGUAAACACUUUCGGCGUUCACUCCUGCGAUUUGGACCUCUUCCUGGACCUGGAAAACACCAAGAAGUUCCAAGCAAGGGCCAAGACCGCCACAGAGCAGGCAGGGGAAGGAAUGUCGGACGACGGGCGCUCUGAGGACUCCAUCCUGUCCGACAUCGACCUGUCCUCCGCAUCUUCGGCUGAGGUUUUGGAGCUAGUGGCGACCAUUUUGAAACGCUGUGUCCCCAGCGUUCACAAAGUUCAUGUGGUCAGCAGCGCUCGCCUCCCUGUGGUGAAGUACCAUCACCGCGAGCUGAACCUGCAGGGCGAUAUCACUCUCAACAACAGACUUGGCGUGAGGAACACCCGCUUCCUCCAGCUCUUGUCAGGUGUGGAGGAGCGGCUGAGGCCUCUGGUGUUCACCAUCCGCUACUGGGCCAAACAGAAGCAGUUAGCUGGUAACCCCAGCGGCGCCGGCCCCCUCCUCAACAACUACGCUCUGACGCUGCUGAUCAUCUUCUACCUGCAGAACUGCGAGCCUCCCGUCCUCCCCACUGUGGACCAACUCAGAGACAUGGCCUGUGAGGAGGAGGAAUGCGUGAUCGAGGGCUGGAACUGCACCUUUCCUAGUCAGCCCAUUGCCGUUCCAGCCAGCAAGAACACUCAGGACCUCUGUUCUCUGCUCGCUGGCUUCUUCUCCUUUUACGCUCAGUUUGAUUUUGCCAGCAGCGUCAUUUCCCUCAGGGAGGGUCGUCCGCUUCCAGUCAAUAACUUCCUUCCACAAGAGAAAGACGAUGAAACAACGCUGGACGGAAAAGCUGCAAAGCCUGAUCAGCACCGCCCAAAACUGGGCCCCCUAAACCUCCUGGACCCCUUUGAGCUUUCCCACAAUGUGGCUGGAAACCUGAACGAGCGCUCGCUGCGUAGCUUCCAGAAGGAGUGCCAGGAGGCCGAGAAGUACUGCCGCAGCCUACGCUAUCAACGCAAGAGCACUAAGGGGAAGACGUGGGGACUGGCGCGCUUGCUCAGCCCGCCUGGGGAGGUCCAGCAGGCCAAACCAGAGCAGUUUGUCAUCAGCAUCCCCUUCAAGUCAGAAUCGCUCCCAGAGAAGCUCGGCAAGGAGCUGCAGCUGGCGGGCGAAGGUUCCAGGCUGCUGUGGUUCCAGAAGGUCUGCUCUGCUGUGGAGGCUGUUCUGACGGCCGUCCUCAGGUGUCACCUCCUUCCCUCCGCAGCUGCAGGUUUCAGUGAGAAUUUAGCUACCGGCGCCGAGGACAUGGACACCACGGCGUCUUCGCUUAACGACAGCAACCAGAGUGUCGAAUCUAAAGGCGACAGCAGCCCUCAGCCGGCAGCCGCCGUCGGUGCCAAGAGGCCUCUGUCCUCUGGCAGCGAUUCCUCCGUGUCGCCUCACGGCAAAAAGCCCAGACUGGCAAGAAGGCGGAGGCCUGAAUUCCCUCCGUGGAUGUUUGUCCAAAAGCACACGGUGUGGCUUGGCAGGCGCAAAGUGAGACGGGAGCUGAUGAAAGAUACAGACUGCAGGCCUGAGGGCAGCUGCAUGGAGCUGGAGUCCCAGGUCAGCGCCUCCAUCGCUGAACGGGAGCCAGAGCUGAAGGAGCCCCUGGAGUUUAAAGUCUGCCCCCAGAUGGCCGGCGGAACGGAAAACACACGCGUGCUGCUGAAGCUGGAGCCGAGCAGCGACCAGGCGGGAAUUUUUCAUGACUUCUUUCACUUCCUGGAAGAGUUUGUUCCCAAGAUGGUGGAGACGCUGCUGGAGAAAGGAACGGCUUAAAACGAGCCGUCUGCAAAAAAAAAA